AUGUCGCAGACAAUUGGCCUGACAAGGCUCGCCUACUCCCGAGUAUGGCACCAGAUCUCCGCCUCGACGCCUCACCCGACCCUCACCACCCAGCCCAACGUCACCCCUCCUUCCCUCGGCCGCCUGGCGUCGCGCAUUGCCGUCCUGCUGAUGGGCAAGCACAAGCCGACGUUUGACCCGUCGACCGACUGCGGCGACUACGUCGUCGUGACCAACUGCGCCGCGCUGCACACCACGGGCAACAAGAUGUGGCGUAAGAAGUACUACCGGCACAACACGCGGCCGGGCAGCCUGCGGACGGUGACCAUGGACGUGCUGAUGGAGAAGCACGGCGGGAGCGAGGUGCUGCGCAAGGCGGUCAGCGGGAUGCUGCCCAAGAACAGGUUGCGGGAUAAGAGGCUGGCGCGGUUGAAGGCGUUUGAGGGCGAGGCACAUCCGUAUAAGCAGAACCUGAUACGGUUUGGGGGAAAGGUGGUGGGGACGGAGGGGUGGGAGAAGGCUGUUGAGGCGAUUCGGAAGACGGAUCAGGAUCGGUUAUGA